AUGUUCGUGACUAGGUUCAGAACGAAUACCAAGACACUAGUGGAGAUUAACCAACUACUCUCCAUUGACACGGGCAAAAAGGAAACAUUGACGUCCUACAACAGUCGCUAUUGGGAGACCUUCAACCAGAUUGAGGAUUGCCCUACCAAUCUCGCCAUUGCACAAUAUAAACGAGGUUUACCAGUUGGUAACAAACUGAGGGACUCAAUAACAAUGCUGUCACCCCUCAUAAUGGAGGCCCUAAUGGAAAGGGUGCACAAACAUAUCCGGGUGGAGGAAGAUGGCGCCCGCGCUAAAACAAAAUCUGGCACAAUGGCAAUACCAGAUAAAAAGGCUACGACAAGAAUCAACACGGUAGAACAACCAAGAAGAAAUGGGCGUGGCAGGCGAGCUAACAGAGAGGAUCCAGAAAUAAAGAAGCUAAGAGUCCGCAGUGUCAUUACCACGGUGUUCAAUAAACCUAUCUACCGGGAUCCUUAG